AUGGUAAGAGAAGAGGCUGUUCUUGACAGGCGCUCCUGGUUUGUGGCUGCCCUCGGGGCGGAUGGGAGGAAAUGCCUAGCCGCAGGCAUUGGGGUGCAUCAGAGGCUUUCUCCUUGGCAGAGUGUGAGAGUGGUCUAUUGCAGUACUGUAGUGCCCUCUGAUGAAGUGACGGUGGUUUACCAAAACGGGUUACCUGUGAUUUCUGUGAAUCUUCCGUCCCGGCGUGAGCGUUGCCAGUUCACGCUUAAACCUAUCUCAGACUCUGUUGGUGUGUUCUUACAACAGCUGCAAGCAGAGGACCGAGGAAUUGAUCGGGUUGCAAUCUACUCAGCAGAUGGCACACGUGUUGCCUCCUCCACAGGCAUAGAUUUGCUUCUGCUGGAUGACUUCAAACUGAUCAUUAAUGAUGUCACAUACCUUGUUAGACCACCAAAGAGAGAGCUCUUAAGCCAUGAAAACGCAACGACGCUGAAUGAUGUCAAGACAUUGAUUCAGCAGUUGUAUACCGCCUUGUGCAUUGAGGAGCACCAGCUGAACAAAGAAAAGGAGCUGAUAGGAAGACUAGAGGAAUUGAAGGAGCAACUAGCACCCCUAGAAAAAGUAAGGAUGGAGCUCAGCAGGCAAGCAGAGAAGAGGACAACCUUGGUGUUGUGGGGAGGCCUGGCCUACAUGGCCACUCAGUUUGGGAUUCUGGCCCGCCUAACCUGGUGGGAGUAUUCUUGGGACAUUAUGGAACCAGUCACCUAUUUCAUCACCUAUGGUAGUGCCAUGGCAAUGUAUGCUUAUUUCGUAAUGACUCGCCAGGAAUAUGUUUAUCCAGAUGCCAGAGACAGACAGUACUUAUUAUUUUUCCAUAAAGGAGCCAAAAAGACACAAUUUGAUCUAGAGAAAUACAAUCAACUCAAGGAUGCAAUUGCUCAGGCAGAAUUGGACCUUAAGAGGCUUCGAGACCCACUGCAGGUUCACCUGCCCAUCCAGCAAAUUGAUGAAAAGGACUGAUCAGCAAAGAAGCUCUGAACCCCGGCAAAAAACCUGUUCAUAGCUCUUGCCUUUUUAAUUAAAGCAUUGCAGGUGGAAGCUGGGAGGUGGUGUGGGGGUGGAGGGUUUUCACCUUUAAUCAAGACAAAGGACUGUAGGGGGGGAAUCUCUUAAAUUGAAGAUGGGACAUUGUGGAAUGUUAGUUCUGAAAAGGGCUUGGCAAAUAGUCACAUUUAAAAACUGUCUAAAUGGUAAUUGUGUACAAAUACAGGAUUGGGGGGGUUCAUGAAAAGAAUGUAAUGCUGGGGUGUAGGGUUUUCUUCUUCCAGCUUUGCAGGGUCUGCCUCUUGAUAAGACACCAGCAGCCUGCUUAGCUUUUUAAAUUUUCCUUUACCUGAUUCAGAUCUCUUUCUCUCUCAAAAAAAAGGAGAAAAAAAAAAAAAGAACAAAGAAUCCAAGCCACCUGGAACUAUGGCUGGUGAUCAGAACUUGCGCUCCAUCG